AUGAUCCAACCCCAGCGCAAGAGAACCAAUUCCUUAGCGUUCGCCCGCACGGACUGCCAUACAUGUCUCUCCACCCGGCAGACAUGCGAUCGCCAACGACCCCAGUGUACCACGUGUCUCAAAAGAGGCGUGGAAUGCGGAGGUUUUGCAACACCUCUGGUGUGGGACACUAGUCGGACGUGGCUGGGCCAAUCGGGCAGACACGACGUGUUGGUAUCGGGUGCAGAUUCAGGCGCCGAUAAGGAUGUCGGCAGCUCGGAUCAUGACGGAAGGAGGGUAACAGGGCCUCGAAGAUUUCGGUUUGUGCAGAGCGGGGGUGGUAGAAGUAAACGACGCAGACUGCAACCGGCAGAUCGGGAUGUUAUUCUAUCAGCAAGGCCAAUAAGCCUCAUACCGGAGGAUUCGACCCCGGAGAAUGUGGAACCCCCCCAGGUCAAUGAGGAAAUAGACCGGACAUCUCCCGAGACUAGGACACCGUUAUUUGACAGCCAUGGGCCUUACAUUUUGGAUAAUGUCGGCCUUUCGAUUGACCAGGAUGUACUCACAUCCCUCUCGGUUCCCACUCUAGAGGGCAUUGCUCCUGUCGGGCAUUCAGCGUUGAACUCGGAAGACAACCUAUUAGCUCAUACGAUGGAGAGUAUGCUUACGAGCAGUCAAGCGCACAUGUGUCCUGUUUCCUCAUCAGCGGACGGGUGGCUGCCAUCAACUCCCGUCCUGGAAUUGGGAGGAGUACCGGCUCCCACUGCAGGCAUAGGGAACCAGCAUGAGCCACUGUUCAAAAUGUACGAUAACGAGUUCUGUAUCCUUCCAAUCACCUCGGAUGCCGAGCUCAAUCCAUUUCGCAUCCAGCGACCUGUAUCUGAGGGAUCGAGGUUAUUGUUCCAUUCCAUGUUGGCUUUAUGCUGCCGGCAUCUGAAUCUUCUCACUGGCUCAUGGUCGUCCGAGGCACAGGAGCACCGCAGCGAGGCGUCUAAGAUCUUGACUCAAGUUGGCCAAAACCAGCAAUUGCUGAAAAAGGGACUCGCCUUGUUAGAUCCCAUCCUCAUCAUGUUUACGCUGGAAUGUACCCUGUCGGCAUCUGGACGAUGGUCCUCUCAGAUAGCCCGAAUGCGCUUGAUUCUCGAGGAAUGCGGCGGGCCGUCGGCACUCACAACCCAACGAGCUCGGGCCCAGGUGGCGAUGAUGAUGUGGUGGGAUGCCACUCUCGCGCUCGUCUCUCGACAAGGUCCUAUCCUUUCUCGACCGUACCUCGAACAUCUAGAGCGGUAUGAAAAAGAAGACCAAUGGUCAUUCUACCAACUGUCGGGAUGUCCGGCUGAGCUUGUCGGGCAUCUAUUCUCACUUGCGGAACUGGCUCAUCAACGCGAACUAGCUUCGUCCAUGACGUGGCUGUCAUUCGACCUAACGCCCAUCGUACAGAUCGAGGACCACAUCCGGCAGUGGGGGCACCCUCUAUAUUCGGGCCAUUUAGUUGAACCCGACUCCGACUCUGAAGACUUCGAGCAGGCAGACGAAGCUGGUUUUAAUGAUCAACAGGAUCGACACCACUGCGCGGAGGCCUGGCGACAUUGUCUCCUGCUAUACAUUGAACGGGUGUUUAAGUGGGAACGCGGUACUCCUCGUCCCAACGCAUUGAGCCGACUAGCUCGAAUAACGCUCGAUCAUGUUCGAUGUUGUCGAAAGACAUCGUUGACGCAGAAACAGCUUCUUCUGCCUGUGUUCUUGGCGGCGAGUGAAACGUCCAGCGAAGAAAUGAGGGACAUUGCAAGAGGUUAUUGUCAGUGGUGGGGAGACCGAAGCCGAUACCACAUGUUUCAUUCAGUCCCGGCACUGUUGGAGGAGAUCUGGGCUGGAGACUGCUGGUGGGGAAGCAUUGUCGAUUCGAAGACGAGGGGAACAGCGAGUCAAGUUCCGGUCCAAUUUCUUCUGGGCUAG